GGCGCCGAGCGGAACGGCCUCUGGUGACAUUUUCUCCGGGCGGCGCGGACGAGUGAAGGGACUUGGUCGUAGAGCCUGCGGAGGCGGCGAGAUUCCCUUUAGCCUCGGCGGGGCUCUGACCGCGACCCUCUGCUCGCCGCUGGGGCUUGUGCCGAGCAGGAGCAGGCGACGGUGGCCGUCGCGUCCCGAGUGACCGCGGCUAGGAGAGUCCCGGCCCGGGGGUCGGUGCGUGCCCCGACGGGGCGCGCGGAGCCGGCGAGGAGGUGCGGAGCCGCCGCGGAGCGCAGGUUGCUUUCCUGUGACAUCUUUGACAUAGUUUCCUAGACUGCUCCAUGAUUUAACUUGGAAGUCUGAAAUGAAGAUGGAGGAGGCAGUUGGAAAAGUCGAAGAACUCAUUGAGUCGGAAGUUCCACCGAAAACAUCCGAACAAGAGACAGCUAAGGAGGAAGACGGAUCUGUAGAACUGGAAUCUCAAGUUCAGAAAGAUGGUGUAGUAGAUUCUCCAGUUCUUUCUUCAAUGCCCUGCUUAUUGAUGGAACUGAGAAGGGACUCUUCUGAGUCUCAGUUAGCGUCCACCGAGAGUGACAAGCCGACAACUGGCCGCGUUUAUGAGAGUGACUCCUCUAAUCACUGCAUGCUUUCCCCUUCCUCUAGUGGUCACCUGGCUGAUUCCGAUACAUUGUCUUCUGCAGAGGAGAACGAACCCUCCCAGGCAGAAACUGCGGUAGAAGGAGACCCUUCUGGAGUGUCCGGUGCCACAGUUGGGCGCAAGUCUCGGCGGUCCCGCUCUGAAAGUGAAACAUCCACUAUGGCUGCCAAGAAAAACCGGCAAUCCAGUGAUAAACAGAACGGGCGAGUUGCCAAGGUUAAAGGUCACCGGAGCCAAAAGCACAAGGAGAGAAUCAGGCUACUGAGGCAGAAACGGGAGGCUGCUGCGCGUAAGAAAUACAACCUGUUGCAGGACAGUAGUACCAGUGACAGUGACCUGACUUGUGACUCAAGCACGAGCUCGUCAGAUGACGAUGAAGAGGUUUCAGGGAGCAGCAAGACAAUCACUGCAGAGAUACCAGGUCAUUUGGAUCCAGGAUUCCUAGCAAGUGAUAAGACAUCUGCUGGCAAUGCACCACUCAAUGAAGAAAUUAAUAUUGCCUCUUCAGAUAGUGAAGUGGAGAUUGUGGGAGUUCAGGAACAUGCAAGGUGUGUCCAUCCUCGAGGAGGUGUGAUUCAGAGCGUUUCUUCAUGGAAGCAUGGCGCAGGCACGCAGUAUGUUAGCAGCCGGCAAACACAGUCAUGGACAGCUGUGACUCCCCAGCAGACGUGGGCUUCCCCCGCCGAAGUUGUUGACCUCACCUUGGAUGAGGACAGCAGACGUAAAUACCUACUGUAAUGCAAUGUCACUGUGUUUCCUCUGCACUGCUCCCUUCCACUUCUUCCUCCCCCUUUUUGUGACAUGGAAGUUCAUUGUCAUAGCUUCAGCCUCAGAAGCUGUUUGUGGCAUUUGUAUAAUCAAAACUCAUGGAAAAUUGCCCCCCCUUUUUUUUAAUUAAAAGAGGUCACUUAGGAAAAUAACUUAUCACAGAGAAAAGAAUUUCUGUUUUCCCUCAGUAGGAAUAUGAAAAUGAUGAAUUGAAUUAGACAAAUUCAUUUUACUUGGUGACCUUUAAUCUUAGGAAACUCUGCCUUUUAGAAUACUAUUUUAAUUACCAGGUGAAAUGAAUUUCAGUUUUCGAAUCUUGUAUUUAUUUUGCUGUGUAAUAAAAUUAAUAUCUAGACUUGACCACUGUCAGCCUACCCAUUGGCACUCCCACCUUAGGGCAUUUGCACACAUACUAGUCAGGUCUUUAUUGGCACCUAGUAGGGCAUGUACAUUUGGAAACCUGUCCUUAAAAAUAGAAGACAGAAGUAUUACUUUCCUUUUAGCUUAAGACUUCUGCCUUCUUUCCUGACUUUGCUCCUGUCUGACUUCCUACAGCACAGAUAAUUGACGUGCCCUUUUGUGUUUAUAAAUACUGCUGAGGUGACUUACCUGGUCUCCUUGUUGCAAUAAUUCAGAACUCUUUGGGAAAUGUCUCCUUUUGGGGCCUGAGGCAUUUUGGAUACAUACCCACCAUGAGGUUUUCUGGGCGUGGGAAGAGAGUAUUGAGAGAUCACUAGGAAAAUCUCUGUCCCUCAACUUUUUUUCCUAGUUAAUUCAAAUAACGGCAGAACAUAGAAACCUGUUACUUGGGUAGAAUAUAAACAGUUGCGUGGCUUCCAAGGCUAUGGGCACUUGAAAAUCUGAGAGGAAAGUGCCUUCUUUCAUAGCUGGUUUCUCCAUAACAGAUGUUCAACUGUUCAACACUUGAGCUGAAGUUGACCUGAUGCUACAUUUGGGUAUUUUCCUCCUCUUCCUUCUAAAAGUGGAAAAACCAAAACAAUACUAUAAGAAACCAGAUGCAAAGCACAUUAAUGGCACUAGGUUUUACUAUCUCAAAGGAAUAGCAGAGAGUAAUAGGAGCUUCAGGGAAUUCAGGAAAUGUCAGUGUUGGAGUUUGUGGCAUUAGUUACUACCUUUUUUCCUACGAUGUGUUGUAGUUACUAGUGAAUUAUUUUACAAGCAAUACCUAGAGUUAGAACACUACAUACUGUGCACAAGGAGUGAAGUAAUACUGGCCUAGAAGACCUCACCUUUUGUUUCUUCCACAGUUUUUGUUUGCUUUUUGGGGGGCUGGAGGGGUGUCUUGUUUCCCUUUUUAUCACACAAUGUUGCUAAAGCUCUCUGCCUCCCUCUCCAAUGCCUUGGUGGCUCUUCCUUAUCGUAAGAGCAUGAGAACCACCAUUUUCCGUUUUCAUACAGCGGACACACACACACCAAGUGCCUGUUCUGCAUCAGGCACUGUGCAGGGUGGGGGCUUUGGGGCCGCUGAAACGAAUGACACCCCCUGCGUGCGCAUGCGUCAGUGACUGCCUGGCUCCACCUGCCUGGCCUUUUCUUCUGUUGUGGAAAAGACUCAUGUAUCCCUUUACCGUUCUUCCUGCUGCUUUAGUUCUUCCAUACACCUCUUCCAUGGGAAUGGAUUCCAGCAUGCGUUCUGUGAUCUUCUCUGAUAGCAUCUCAUUUGAUCUGGCCUCUGUUCACCAACUUUUAAUUUUCUGUCAAGCUACUUUGAAUAGAUCAGGCUUUUAAAAGACCAUGAACCUCCAGUUGUAGCACCUCAUAUCUCAAAUCUUUCACAUGGCCACAGUUUAGACAAAAACCAAAGACCCAGAGGCCAGAGCAAAAUAGGACCUUCUGCAGAUUCACUACUGGUGUAUUCUUGGACCUUCACGUUUUACUUUAAGAUUAAUUUAUUGAAUUUUACUGUUACACGUUGUUUUUGACUUGAAUUAAAAUGCCAGACAAAGCAGAAAUGUACAAUUUCUGGUCUGUGUUUUCCAGGAAAAUCAUUGGGAAAAGAAUAGAUUAUGUGACUUGAAGUUUUUGCAGCUUAUUUUGUCCCCAGUAUCAGGGCAGAGCCCCAUUUUAGAGAACGUUUUUGUAUUACCCUCUCUUGUGUUAACAGUACGUUUGUCCAGUUCCAUAUAGCAGGUGAUUUCCCAUGAUGUGUUUUCUUUAGCCCCUAAUAGUCAUCCUUUAAAGAGAAUUCUUCCGGUGUACAGUGUGCACUGUGGAUUAGAAGCAGAACGAAGUUGUAACCAAGCUCCUUUCUGGCUUUUGCUUUUAUAUCCGGUUGCACUUUGCCCUCCUCUCUCCCUGUUCCAGCACCCCGACUACCUGACUUAACCCACCAGAACAGAGAUUUAGACAUUAAGAUGCAAAAAGCGGAGGGGAAGGGACGGAAGAGACACUCAGCUUUUCCCCUACUAGGUUGGAACUUGUCCACCUACUAAGUGUAGAGAGACAGAUGUUCCAACUCUUUUCAUUGCCGGAUCCAGUAGAGCAGUGAUGUGGCGUCUGGCAAGGUAUUAAUGAGAAAAUUCUCUGUGGUAAGCAACUCCUGUGAUAUUGGAAAUUUCUUUUAAGGGGAUCUUUUUAAACCAAAGUUUUGCAUUUGGUAGCGUAAAUACUUACUUAUGCUUCACAGGACCUCAUUUAUUCAGAGUAAUAAUAGAUCUGCUAAAUGGGAGCCUUGGGUCACACAUUGGUUUAUGGCACUCCUCCCCCCAGUUUGAAACCACAGAACAGGAACCUAGCUAUUGUAGCGGCACAACUGCCCUAUAACAUGUAAUUGCUGCUCGCCAGUAGUUGUCUUCAUGUUGAUGGAAGGGGCCAGACUGAAUGGACUCCAUUAUUCUUUACAAUUGAGCAUCCCAUAAACUCUUGUUUUUAUGAGUAUCAAUUGUGAAUAUGAACUGUCUGAUUUGCUAAUUUAGUCAAUUGUUCAUUGUUACUUUUAGCAGAUGAGCACCAUAGGUAACUUAAAAAUGAAUGUUGCCUGUUUUUUGUACUGUGUCACAAGGUUGUUUGAAAAAGCUGGGGACACCAUUUUGUCUUUCAGUUUAAACGUGUUUUUUUUUUUUAAAGGCAAAGAGCCCCUAAUCCCUGUUUUCCAGUAUGUGUAUGAUGUGACUUCCAUGUAUAUAUAAAAAUGAUUGCGCCCUAACCAAACUUCCUCAGAUUGUGCACUGUUUGUUUAAAAUAAUCACGUAUUUUAGUUCAAUGCUGUUGUAUUUUUUUCAUUUUAUUUAAAACACUACGUACUUAUUCUUUUAACAAAUUUUAAAGGGUAGUGAUCUUUUAAAAAAAUCACUGGAUAACUAGGAAAUAUUUUUUUUGUUGUUUUUUUUUGUGUGUGUUUUUUUUAAAAGAGUACAAAGGUCAUUGAGCCUUUUGCUCCUCUUACCGUGAAAAUGAAAUGUUAGCCAUUGUAUGGCUAGGAACCAAUGCACUUGGUGGUUAACAGAUCUGCUGUUGCUGGAGUGUGAGCGUGAACUUGAUGCAGUGACGACAAAUCAUUGCUUAGAGUUAAUGUUUUAAAAUGUGCAACUCUAGUUUUUAAAACAAAAUUUGGUUCUUUACAUUCAUUAUUUAGUUUUUGUUUCCAUUUAGUAUUUAAUGGUCUUUGGAGAAAAAAAUAAUAAAACAGAGUGUUAUAUAUAUAUUUUUUGGUGCAAGAUAAGAUUUUCUGUUUUUUGAAAUAAGUCUGUAGCAUAAAGGUUAAACUAUUUUAAGAUAAAAAUAAAAUAGAGUGUAUUUAAACAAUGAUAAUUUCUGAGGAUUUUUUUUCUAUCUGCUUCAGUUAAUUAGAGGUGCCUGGAGCAGCUCCCAAGUUAGCUUUUGGAUGUGGAUUGAUUAUAUUUUGUUAACAGAGCUUAUUGUUAUAAGAUGCCUGAUUUUCUCAAGCAAUAGCUGUGUCCUACUCCCAAAAUGUUUUGCAAGUGGCCUUUGGUGUAUUAGAUCUAGAUAAAAAUAGCUUUGCAGUGGCUUUCCUGUAGCCCCACCCCCUUUCCGGCUGGGACCAGUGAGAUUUCAAAGAGGGCUGACGUCUCCCUAGUUCUUAGGCACCUUUGUUCCCGGGAACAAAACUCAACUGACAGUUACUUCCCAGAGGUCAGUGCAGCAGGUAAGAUGAAGGGACUGCAUACAUUUUGCAUGUGGUUGAACACCGAAGCACGUGUUUCAAAAAUAGCCUGAAUAACUUUCCCCUCGUUUGGUUCCAGUUUCAGAUUUUUCAUUUGGUUAUCAAAAUGAUAGGAAAUACUAUAUUAAUAUCUCGUGACUUCUGUAACUUAUCUUCACCGUAAAGGACAGUGAGGAACCAGGGAGAGUGCAGCCUAUAUUCAUUAAACAUCCAGUCCUGGAUCUGUUAAUGUUCCUCAGGAAUGUUCAGUUCGACUCACACUGGAAGGAGAUCUGUUAACAACUAGGAAGUGUACUAUCAACAAUUAGGAAAUGUUUCCAGUUUUUUGAAAUGGUUCUUCUACACACUGUCUUAUAUCUGAGACCUAGACGUAUUAGUGCAAUGUGACACCUCUUUUCUUGCGGUUGAAAAAAAUUUUGUUUACCUAAGUCCUUGCUUUUCAAGCCUUUUGCCCUUGGAUGCUGCUUUUAAAGAAUAGACCAAGCAUGAGUAAGUAAAAUAAUCUGUGGGUAGUACUUCAUCUCAUUCUGGCUCCCUCCUUCUCUUCUUUGCUAGCUUUUGGCCUUGCUUUCCCUUAUUUGAAUGUUUUUUCACAGUAGAUGACAGCUA